GAGCUAUAUCACAGCGUUACCAGGCAGCACGGAGCGUCAUUUGAACUGCAGUCACUGACAGGACGCAUCACGGCUGGCUCCGUAAGACACAUGCGCCAGUUCUCGACAAGGGACACGCCGACGACCAAAUUCUGUCCAGUAGUCCUCACUCACCUGCUAUUAGAGAGGCUUCUGGCUUUUCCUCUGCUGGGAGAAGCUUUGUAAAAAAGUCCUCCAUGAUGCUUGGAGCAGUUAAAAUGGAAGGACACGAACACACCGACUGGAGCACCUACUAUGGAGAGCCCGAGUGUUACACCUCGGUUGGCAACAUGAACACGGGCCUGGGAAUGAACUCUAUGAACACCUACAUGAGCAUGUCUGGCAUGAGCGGCGCCGGCAACAUGACGGCCAACUCCAUGAACAUGUCGUACGUCAACACGGGCAUGAGUCCGUCCAUGACGGGCAUGUCACCGGCGGGCACCGGGGCCAUGAACGGGAUGGGCGCAGCGGGCAUGACGGCCAUGAGCGCAGCCCUGAGCCCCAGCAUGAGCCCCAUGACGGCGCAGCCCGCGUCCAUGAACGCGCUGAGCUCGUACAGCAACAUGAACGCCAUGAGCCCCAUCUACGGACAGUCCAACAUCAACAGGUCCAGGGACCCCAAGACCUACCGGCGGAGCUACACGCACGCCAAACCCCCGUACUCCUACAUCUCCCUCAUCACCAUGGCCAUCCAGCAGUCUCCCAGCAAGAUGCUGACCCUGGCCGAGAUCUACCAGUGGAUAAUGGACCUUUUCCCCUUUUACCGACAGAACCAGCAGCGCUGGCAGAACUCCAUCCGCCACUCGCUGUCGUUCAAUGACUGUUUCCUCAAAGUGCCCAGGUCGCCGGAUAAACCCGGGAAGGGCUCCUUUUGGACUCUACACCCGGACUCCGGCAACAUGUUUGAGAACGGCUGCUACCUGAGGAGGCAAAAGCGCUUCAAGUGCGAGAAGAAGAUGUCCGUGAAGGACCCGGGCCGCAAAGGCGGGGACGGGGGGUCUUCUUCCCACAGCAGCUCGGAGAGCUGCAACGGCAACGAGUCCCCGCACUCCAACUCCUCCUCCGGCGACCAUAAAAGGUCCCUGUCGGACAUGAAGCCGAGCCAGGCCCUGAGCCCGGAGCACCCCGCCGCCUCCCCGGUGUCCCAGCAGCAGCAGCAGCAGCAGCACCUCAUGUCCCAGCAUCACUCGGUGCUGCAGGCGCACGAAGCGCACCUGAAGCCCGAGCACCACUACUCCUUCAACCACCCCUUCUCCAUCAACAACCUCAUGUCCUCGGAGCAGCAGCAUCACAAAAUGGACCUUAAGACUUACGAGCAAGUGAUGCACUACUCCGGAUACGGCUCCCCUAUGGCCGGACCUCUUUCCAUGGGCUCCAUGGCGGGUAAAGCCGGUCUGGAUUCUGCAUCGAUACCUGACACAUCUUACUAUCAAGGUGUUUAUUCCAGGCCGAUCAUGAACUCCUCAUAAACUCUUCAUAUAACCCCCCUGCCCUGCGACCUGGUGUGGACUUUCUUUGCCUCCCACUCGAAUUUGUACAUUUGUAAAAAACAAAAACAAAAAAUAUAGACUUUGUGUACAAUAUGCAUUUCUGAUAUUUUUGACCUUUCCCACCGUUUUAGUUGUCGAGUUUGUUAGUGGUGUAAUUAUUUUGAGAGAGGUUGUUGAUGAAAAUAAUCAAAUUAAUGUGACGAGAUCUGUUUGACUUCAAGAAUGGGCCCCAAAGACAAACAACAGCUUAUUGUACGUUAGGCUUCAUCUGCAUAACUGGAUUCCAAAACGAAUUUAAAUGCCUCGCAGGAUUUGUUCAAUCAUUUGUGUAAUUCCUAUUUAUGGCUUGUAUAUGUGUAUUCUUGUAGUGACAAGAAUAGAAUCUAUAUUAAAGUGUAAUUGUUUUUUC